AUGCGUCUACCCAACAAGAGAUCUUUCAUCGACCGUCUCCUUCAAGAGAAUGCAGAGCUGCGAGAUAGACAGACCCAAUCUGAGUCACCACAGGCUAGAAACUCAAACACGCCCUGGCACCAUAGUCCGACGUCCAACAACGAUGGCAAUACUGCUCAAGACCAGAUACUAGAGGAAAGUGAUUGGUUCACACACACUAGGUCAUCAGACACGCCCAUAUGGAUAGGCGAGAUCUCGGACGCUGCAUUUGCAACUCGCUUCCGCCAGUUUGCCUCGGCUUCUCAAAUACCAAAACACAUUCCUCGCACCCAGUUCACCUCUGAAGACACUCUUCGCGAUCUGGCAGCCACAACUCCAAUCUGGUUGCCAUCUGCGCAGUCCAGGUUUCUAGUCGAGACAAGCCUCGAGUUCUUACGGCAAAAUUAUCAUAUAGUUCGACGGAGUGAGGUACUAUCGGCCUUGGACUCGAUCCCAUUUGGUCAGCCUAGCCUUGGUCCGCCCUCCACCAUCGUAGCCAAAAUCUGGGCUUUGUAUGCAAUCGGAGAACUUCGCUCAAGAAGAUGUCUCAGUUCCAGCAAUCGGCUGCCUGGCAUGAAAUACUUUGCUAUUGCUAGCGAGAUAAUUCGUCUGAUCAAUGAGCGACCACAGCUUGAUAUGAUUGAGACAAUUUUACUUCUAGCAAACCGCCGCCACUCAGCAUGCACUUAUGUGGGCACAGCCUUACGUCUUGCUACCAUUAUGGGCCUGCACAUGAAUAUCGGCGACACAUACAUACCUGACCCUGAACUCAGGGAACACCGCAUACGCGUUUGGUGGUCUGUUUAUAUCCUUGAUAGGCUUCUGUCCUCCAAGACUGGACUUCCACUAUCGAUAUCGGAUGAUGAUAUCUCAGUAAAACUACCUUCGGACGUGUCCACUCUCAAUUCGAAGGACUUUGGAGACCAUGUUCGCUUUGUGGCCGUUUUGCGUCUCGCUAGAAUUGCUGGAGACAUCUCGAGGUCUCUUUAUGUUCGAACUCCUCAACGAUGUACAUUCCUCCAAAGGGUGGCAAAGAUUCGAGAGGAUCUUGAACUGUGGCGAGAAGAGCUACCUGAAAACAUUAAAAUUGGUUCUCAGUACCAAAAUGACAACAGCUUCCACCCUCAGUCUAAAACCUCGACACUGCAACUCGCAUAUAAUCAGCUCCUGAUUCUAGCAACGAGACCAGUUCUCCUCUACAUAUUUCGCCAGCACAUUAACAAAGCUACUACGACGUCUACUGAUAGCCGGCCUCUCGAACAAGUUGCUAAUGUUGCGGAUGUAUGCAUUGGAGCUGCUAGGCAGUCUUGUCGAAUAUUGCUGCAGUCCUGGGUAAAUGGUGAAUUCCACAUAUUCGACUACUCCUACGUACGGUACCUCUUCUCUUCGGCGACUAUUCUGGCUAUAUCGAGCACAUUGGACCGGGAAGAAUCUUCAAACGAUAAGGAUGAAUUCAACCUUGCCAUUGGCUUUCUGCAGCAGCUCGAACAAAACGGAAACCCUGCAGCUACGGAGUUCUAUGCUCAUAUCGACGAGACCCGGAAGAGUCUGGAGACGCGACCUUCAGCCCAUGACUGUCCGGACACGCUAACGACUUACGAAGAUGGUGGAUCGCAGCUCCCAACACAUGCUUUUCCCUCCUCCUUGGACGAACAGUCAUUAACGACGGCAAUUGGAACUACUGUCACUGGACAUCAUGGGUUAGAUGAAUCACCGUUAACCGUUUCGUUUCUUGAUGAUUGGAUUUAUGAUAAUGCACUUCAACAACUGCGGUGGGAAGAGUAG